AUGUUGGCGGACAACCUCGACCUUUUGUUGGAGGUACUCUCCCUGCUUCCAACACGAUCCCUGAUCAGAUUCAAAAGUGUUUGCAAGCGAUGGCAUUUGGUCAUCUCAGAUCCGUAUUUUAUCAAAAUACACACAAAUCGUUGCAAUCCUUAUGCCAUGUCAGGUUUUAGAUUUUCAAAUCAAGAGGUUGAUCGUUGUUACUUGCUUGGAGGUGCACAUGCUUCUGCAUCAGCAUCAGCCCCAGAUCUCUUCUCCCUUUCUAUCCUCAAAGAUGAUGCUGAAAGCUUGAAAGUUGUUGGUAACUACCGUCUUUAUUGUUGCCGUUCUUUCUAUGCUUUGCUCAUUUGCCCACUUAUGCUGAGCCGAUCUGAGUUAGUAUAUGAGUUCAUCUACAUAUUCAAUCCUGUGACAAAACAAUUCAAAAGAAUUCCUUAUGUUGACCCAGAACGGUAUUUUUCAGAUAUCAUUCUCACUCCUGAUCAUAAAGUCAUAAUGUUUUCAACUCAUUUCAUCCAUUACUAUGAUGCUGAUAUCAGAAUGUAUAUCCCAGACACUCAAUCAUGGAAGACCUUAUAUUCAUUUGGAUAUCAUAAAAAAUCUCGAAAUUUUGAAUCAAUCUUUAUCCAAAGAAAAGGAAUAUUUUUGAAUGGAACAGUUUAUCAGGUAAUGGAAUAUGAGACCAUACCUGAGACAACCCUCAAAUUUCCCUUUUGCCGCAAACUAUACAUAUUCUCUUUCAACUUGGAAAGUUUGUCAGCACAAAAACUACUACUUCCUCUUGAUUUUUAUCAAGAAAAUCUAUAUUUUGGAGAGAUCCAAGGUCAUUUGCACUUGAUUAUGCAACAGAGCAUAUUUGAUUUUGUUUUUCAUAUAAUGGAGAUCAAAGAAGACUUUUCUGGAUGGAAUUUCUUGCAUUGCAUUGGACUUUCACCGAUACAUGUAGCUUUGGGAGAAAGAGAAGAAGACUAUGAGUUGUUCUUAACGUUGGUUAUUCCCAGAUAUUGGCCUGCAUACACAUGCGGCCUUACUAAAAUUUUUUCAUACAAUAUUGUCAGUAACACCUACCGGGAAAUACAGGAAGUUUCAAACGAAGAAGAAGGGCGUUAUGGAGGGUAUUAUGGAGCUUUUCGUAUCAAGACAUAUUAUCCCAUGCUAACCACUCCAUGA